UGCGCUCCAUUGGGAUUCCACAGCUCAAUUUCACAUCCAACAUCAUCUGCAAACAUAUCAAAAUUGGAAAAGAGUUCGGAGAAUUUUAUCGUGGCAGAGGGAUGAAACUUUUCGAUUCUCACUGUCAUCUUCAGGAUCCAAGAAUAUAUCACCUGGCUCCCCAAAUCAUUCGAACUGCUUUCGACUCUGGCGUACUUCACUUCGCUGUCAAUGGAGUCUCUGAGAAAGACUGGUCUGUGGUCAAGCAGAUGGACGAGCAGUAUCACUGCAUAGUUCCGUGCUUCGGUCUCCAUCCUUGGUAUGUUGCGGAUAGGAGCCCUAAUUGGUUGAAUUCAUUGCGGAAUUUCUUUGAGAUUACACCCUGGGCCGCAGUUGGUGAGAUUGGUUUGGACAAAGGUUCGCGUGGAAAGGAAAUAAAUUUUAUUGAGCAGGUUCAAGUUUUCCGCCAACAACUGGAGCUUGCCAAAGGGCUGCAGAGACCUGUUUCUGUACAUUGUGUUCGUGCCUUUGGUGACCUCCUUGAAAUACUGCAAUCUGCAGGACCCUUCCCUGCUGGUGUGAUUCUCCACUCCUAUCUUGGGUCAGCUGAGAUGGUUCCUGAAUUGGCAAAGCUUGGUGCUUAUUUUUCCUUUUCCGGGUAUCUUAUGUCAAUGAAACCACAGAAGGCAAAGAGAAUGCUAAAGUCGGUACCUACUGAAAGGAUUUUAUUAGAGUCAGAUGCUCCUGAUGCACUGCCAAAAUCAAAUUUGGAUUCUCUCUUUUGGGUUCACAGGGAUGGCUCUGGUCCGCUUGAGUUGUUGGGUGGUGGAAAUUUAGCUUCAGGUGUUGGUGACCCCUCUCAUGAUUUGCCUCAUGCUUCAAGGGAUGCAUCAGCACUGCCAAAGGAAACACUUAAUCACCCAGCUAACAUUCACAGCGUACUAAGUUACGUGGCAUCCUUGCUUGAGAUAGAAGAAGAAGAACUUGCCAAAAUAAGCUACAGGAAUGCAGUAGGGUUGUUUUCUUAUGAUGGUUCAAAAUUGCUUGGAAAAGGUUAGUUUGUUUUAUCUUGUGUGUACUGUGAGGGAAAAAUAGGAAAAUCUGUACCCGCUCAGAUUU